AGAGACACUUUCACUACAGCGUUUGUGAAGAACCUGAUCGUGGUUCUGGUCUGGCUCAUCCUCAGUUCCAUCAACAGCACCUUGGUCGCAACGUUUUUCAGACACCAGGUCUUUUAUGAAGACCCCCGCUACAUCCUGUUUAUCCACAUGGUCAUCAAUGAUGCCAUCCAGCUGACGGUCACCAUCACGCUCUUUGUGCUCAGCUACAUCUUCUACAAGAUUAACGUCUCCUUCUGCUGCUUCUUCAUUUUGGUGGCGGUUUUCACAACUAGAAACACACCGGUCAACUUAGCCAGUAUGGCCAUAGAGCGCUACAUUGCCAUCUGCGAGCCCCUACGACACAACCAGAUCUGUACAGUGAGGAGGACUCACAUCGUCAUUGGGCUGAUUUGGUUCAUCAGUGUGGCUCCAGAUAUUACAGAUCUCUUUGUGACACUGGCUACUGAGUCCAUCAGCUUCUUUCAUGAAUCGGUGUUCUGCUUGCGGCCCAACGUUUUUAAAGAUCCGAUCUUGGCAUACAAAAGGCAGGUUUUUGACAUCCUCUACUUCUCCACUGUGUUUCUGAUCCUGGUCUUCACCUACUUGAAGGUCUUGUUUGCAGCCAGGGCACUCUCUACGGAGAAGAUGUCAGCCCAGAAGGCGAGGAACACCAUCCUCCUCCACGGGGCCCAGCUGGCCAUGUGCAUGCUCUCUUACAUCUCCCCCAGCGUGGAGAUCAUGCUGCAUAUCAUCUUCCCUGGCCGAAUCCUUGAGAUCAGAUAUGCAAACUAUUUGAUUGUCUACAUCCUGCCCAGGUUUCUGAGCCCAAUCAUCUACUCUCUGAGAGACAAGAAGUUCAGGAGGCAUCUCCAGAUGCACCUUUUGAGCCACAGAUGUGAGAAGAAAGUGGCCAGCACCAAUGACUUGUAA